AUGGGCGGGAAGCAGCACAUGUGUUUCCCUCCCUUCUCGGACGUCAAGGUUUCUUUUUCGGCCCCCCGAGUCCCUGCGGGCCAUUUCCAAGUUCGCAUCCUGCUCCAACCCCCAGCCUCGGCAACAAAGAAGCACGCCACGACGCUUUUGAGUCUUUUGUUCACCACGUACCGUGCUCCCUCGACAAACACAGCGAGCAUGGCGGCCGAGGUGUCCCACGGCCGAGGGGGCGCCGGCAACAUCAACACCGACAAGACGGAAUACGUGGACGGGGAAGUCGUGCGUGCCGGGGUCGAGGGCAGCCACGACGACGGAGCGUACAGCACUGGACGAGGAGGGGCUGGGAAUAUCGGCGACGUUGGCUCCGCACCUGGCGCUCGCAGGGACAAGGACGUCGUUCCCGAGUCGGCGUACCGGGCGAGCCAGGACGGCCAGGACCACCACACCGGUCGUGGGGGCGCGGGAAACGAGCACGUCGCGAAUGGGCACGGCAAGAAGGCGGCGCCGAGGACGGGGCAGAGCGACGCGGCGCCCGUGAGCUUGGCGGAUCGGCUGAAGCAGAAGCUGUUUGCUGCGAUGAGAAGAUAG